UCAGAAAGCAGUGGGACUUGUUUACUUACCCUCUGCUGGUAAGUUAUUUUCAUUUACACCUGUUAAUUAGGGUUACUUUUUGUUUUGUAGUUCGCCCAGCAAGUGAAAGAAGUGAGAGAACAGUUGAAUGCCCUUGAGGAAGUACAGAUGUAAAGAUUAACCUCUAACUGGUUCAGCAGCUUGCUUCUGCUCCUCAUCACGUAAGGGACCUCUAUGCCAUUUUGGUAGCCCUUCAGAGGCUGGCUAACAAUAUGCAGGUAUGAAACAAUUCUUCACCAGACCAGUCCUUCCUCUUCAGUGGGGUCUUGAGAUAUUAUUCGUCUCGUUUGUAGUGAAAAGGAGAGUAAAGUUCCCCCCUCUCUAGCCAAGAUGUUCAUACAAUGGGGCUCCAGUGGUUUCCAUCCAUAUGCCAGAUGGAAUCCGCCACAACCCUCGUCCACUUACAUUUGGGGCGUCCUACAAAGGGCUGACGUAAAGAGUUGGGGGUCUGUUUUUACUGUGGUAAGUGCAGGAACUUCCAAAGACAGUGUACUUCUUUUUGACCUUACAAAGUUG